AUGCCGCCGAAGAAGAAGCCGAAGCAGUCCCUCUCCAGCGACUUCGAGUCGGCGGAGGCGGCCAUCGCGGGGAAGGGCUGGGAGCGGUCGUUGGGCUGGAAGGUCGUCAAGGCGCGCCCGAGGGCCAGCGACGGUGGCGUGACGUACUACACGCUCAGUUACUGCUGCUACAAGUCGCGGCGGGACCGCAUGGCGAAGAAGUCGCCCACGCGGGAGCUCAUCACGACGUCCAUGGUCCCCGGCUGCCCCGCGCGCUGGCGCACCCACAACGAGGCCAACCUCGCGAUGGCCAAGUACGUCGCCGUCGUCGAGGAGGCGGGGCGGGCCGGGCGCAAGCGGAGCGCCGGCGGCGACGAGGGGGACGUCGAGGUCGGCGGCGGCGGCGACGACGACGUCCCGGACGCGCCCGCGCUCGCGGCGCCCGCGCCCGACGGCGACGGCGGCGGCGUCGAGGACGGCGACGACGACGACCCGGACGCGAAGAUCCGGGCGGCGACGACGGAGGCGGGCGUCGCGUGGGUCCAGAUCGCCGCGGACGACGCGAAGGCCUACGUGCAGGCGCGGUCGAUCAAGGAGCAGGGCAAGCGGGCGGCCACGGCGCCCAAGGACAAGAAGGUCGGGUCGCUCCGGGCGCGCGCGGCGACGUACCACUCGGAGAACGCGUCCAUCACGAUCGAUCUCGGGUCGAAGCCGCCGGGCUACGACGAGUGGCGCGCGGCGCUCGAGGUCCACGCGGCGAGCGUCACGGGCUUCAUCGGCCAGCCCAAGGGCGGGAAGCAGCUGCUCAGGGAGCGCGGCCUCUGGCACCAGGGCAUGUCGUGGACGGGGAAGAAGGACACCUACGGCGUCCCCGAGACCGUCGACAUCGACGGCGUCGCGCGGUCGACGUGUGCCAAGGACGUCCUCGCGGCGUGCUGGGACUACCAGAACGAGACCUCGGAGCUCGAGCAGAUGGUCACGGACCUCGGGCACCGCGCCAUGUUCACGCCCAAGGGCCACUGCGAACUUGCCGGCGAGGGUAUCGAAUACGACUGGGGCGUCGCCUCGCGGUGGAAGCGCAAGAACGGCCGCGACGAAGACCAGCACCUCCAGGAGGACACGCUUCGCUCGUUGUCGCCGAAGGUGCUGCCCGUGUUGCGCGUGCGCAUGUUCGAGCGGACGGCGUGGCGCUACAAGCAGGCGUACCGUCGAGUCACCCGCGGCGAGGCCACGGCUGGCGAGUUCGCGGAGGUCGAGCGGCUCCAGAAGGAGAUCAGGCGCCACCGCGACGCCGAGGUCGAACUAGCCGCGCUCGAGGGCCGCCGCGAGAACCCGCUUGCCGCCCUCGAUGCGCCCCCGGGGACGGCUCCGGUCCGCGCGGCGACGGCCGCGGGCCCCUGA